UCCCCGAACCCAAAUGCAUAGAUCCGCUUAUCCUGCUUCUACUCGAACAGCACCAAGCUGCGAAGCCUCGCUAGAUUCAGCAAACACAUUGUAAUACCAUAGCAUCGAAAUGAGUUCGUGCCCGUGGACCAAUAAGAAGGAGGAAGGAAAGGAAACUGCAUGCGUGGAGUGCAUCAGUGGUACCAUUCAUGCUGGGCUCCCACAGGGAACGAUCGAGCCGCUCUACGGUCUGAACACCUAUAUCGUUGGCAACAGAACAAAUCCACGCGCCAUUAUUGUCAUUUACUCCGAUGUCUUCAGUCACAACCUGCCAAACAACAAGCUUAUCGCAGAUUCAUAUGCGAAGAGUGGAGAGUACCUCGUCUACAUGCCUGACUUCUUUGAAGGUGAUCCUCUAGGUCUCAACCUCGCCGAUGUCCUGAUCCCUACCGAUGCAGCAAAACAAUCCGUUCUCUCAAAGUACGGGGGUCUACUAGCCGGCAUGCCAGGUUAUUUGAUGUGGAUUAGCAGACACGGAAAGGACAAGACGCACAAAGCAUGCGUCGAUUGGCUACAGAAGUUGAGGCGAUCAGACGAGGUGAAGGGAAAAAAGAUUGGAAUGGUUGGCAUGUGCUGGGGCGGCAGAUUUGUGUUUCGUGCUGCACGCUCGUCUGAGUCGAUCCAACUUGCAGACGGCAAGAAGGUGCCGCUCAUCGACGCCGGAGUGGCUCUCCACCCUUCCAAUGUGGUGCUUCCGGAGGACGUCGAAGGUUUGACGGUUCCUGUGAGUGUCGGUUGGGGUGAGGUGGAUAUCGUUACACCCUUCAAGCAGAAGGGUCAGAUCGAAGAAAUCAUGAAAAAGAGGGCAGAGGCCGGGGACCCUCCCCCAGAGAUGGAGCAUAAGGUAUAUACGCCAGGUAGGCACGGGUUUAGCGUGAGAGGAAACCCCGAAGAUCCGGCUGAGAGGAAAGCGCUCGAAGACUCGGUGACGCAGGUCUUAGAUUGGUUUGAAAAGCGACUUUGAGGUUGCUGACACUCUCGGUGAUCCUUUAAGCAUGAUACAGAUCACCGGGCCCGCCGGUUUCGGCGAACGUGGUUUUUGCGGUCUGUUUCCGUAGCCGAGAUUAACGAGCGAGGAAUAUUUGAGCUCAUCGCAGACUUAUUUUCGAAAAUUGAGCCCAUUCUAUAUGAUCUAUACAC